AGAGAAUGGCUGCUGACUAACUAAUCCUCUUUACACUCCUCAUCUCUGCAGCCCUGCUUCCUGCCAGUUAUGGACUUCUUUUUUAAAACGGACCAGGUGGCGACCUACAAUCCUGUCGGAAUGAAUCUUGGUUGAGGAUCUGUCCUUUUGGGCUAAUUAUUUUCCCUUUACUGUUGUCUGGAUUAUGCCUGGAAUUUCUCACCCUGGUGUGGAUCUUAAGGAACGGGAUCCUGAGGAAUGGAUUGUUCGGGGCUUGUUGCCUAUAGCAUGGAUAACAUCAAAGAGAAGGAGCGGCUAACAUGCAGAACAUUGAAGGCCGACAUCUUUGCCGCAUUUGACAUCAACUCCUAAAGCCACGGUCGCCAUUGCUAUGGUGACCUUUGCCGAGACCACAAAGAUCUCUCCCAUGGAGCUGCGCGAGCCACCCUGCCUGACCACCACCUUGUCCCCAGGACUGCGGCGUAAAAACAUGCUGUGGCAGAAAGCUGUGAAGCACAUUAUCAUCCAGCAGGAGCUCAGCGCCCAGGUGGGCGUGGAGCCGGCCCGCAAGAUCUUCGUGACGGAUGCCUACAUGGAAGACAUCAACAGACAAAUCCGCAGCAAGGCCUCGCGCGGAGUCAAGCGGCGCUCCUCUACAUUCCGAGUCCAACCUUCCCAAAUCCGCAGCUCCAUGAGCACGCACCACAGCGGGGGAGGGUCCGCCGGCGAAUACGCCAGCGAUGCGGACUUCUUUGUCCACUGGGGCCGCAUUAUACACGGGAUUUAUAUACCCUCCCUGAGGCACACCUUCAAGUCCCGAGACCUGGAGAAACUCUACCAGCAACACUCGUCUCACCAACGACGCAACUCCUUAGCCAUCACCAACGUCAUCGACGCUAUGGCCAAGCUGCAGAUCCUGGUUUUGUACCUGGCUCUGGCUCCGGAGGAUGUCCGGGACCCUCUCCGAGGCUGUUUGACGUUCAUGUUCAUGGUGUUUGCAGUGGCGUUGUGUAUCGGGGUUUUGACCUACAAGGACUCUAUGUCGCCGCGGUGGCUUCAUUACGCCGGGCUUGCCAGCUGGAUGUCGCAGUCCACGCAGGUGUUGGGGGGACUGGCGUAUGGACUGGAAAAAGACCCGUCCUGGUACCUUUUGUUCUCGUUGUUCGCCACGUACACGCUGCUGCCGUUACCUCUUCUGUGGGCCAUGUGUGCUGGCUCGCUAACGUCUGCGUUGCAUCUUCUAGUGGAGAUCAUUUCCUACCGCAACAAUGCAGUACUUUUAAGGAAGGUGUUUGCCAAAGGCCUUCUGUACCUUGGUAUGAACACAGCUGGAUUCUUCAUUCACUAUCUGACGGACCAUUCCCAGCGACAAGUGUUCCUAGAAACGCGGCGCUGCAUUGAAGGACGCCUGAAACUGGAACAGGAGAACCAGAGACAGGAGCGUCUGGUGUUGUCAAUCCUGCCAAGGUUUGUAGCCCUGGAAAUGAUCACCGACAUGAGUUCCCUGGAAGACGAGCUCAAUCCCCAAGAGUUUCACAAGAUUUACAUUCAUCAGUAUAAGGAUGUCAGCAUACUUUUUGCAGACAUCAAGGGCUUCACUCUGUUAUCCAUGAACUUGUCAGCUCAGGAUCUGGUUCGAACCCUCAACGAGCUCUUCGGACGCUUUGACCGUCUGGCUGAGGAGCACCAGUGUCUGCGCAUUAAGAUACUUGGAGACUGUUACUACUGCGUCUCAGGAGUACCAGAACCCCAACGUGCCCACGCCCGUCACUGCGUCGAGAUGGGGCUGGCUAUGAUUAACACCAUACGGUCCGUACGGAAGCUGCUCCACUUCGACAUGGACAUGAGGAUCGGCAUCCAUUCGGGCUCAGUCCUGUGCGGGGUGCUGGGGCUGCAGAAAUGGCAGUUUGACGUCUGGUCCUGGGAUGUGGGCAUCGCCAACAUGCUGGAGGCAGGUGGGAUACCAGGGCGAAUCCACAUCUCCAAGGCGACCCUGGACUGCCUGGAAGGAACCUACCAGACGGAGGACGGACGCGGAGGGGAGCGCAAUGACUUCCUGCGGCGACAUAACAUCGACACCUUCUUCAUCUGUCCUCUGGCGGACAGACAUGAAGAAAACCACGGCGAGGCGCCCAAAGUCCAGAAAACAAGUCGAGCUUGCAGCCAAGAAAAUCCAUUCGGGAGCGCCAUCGACAUGAAAAGUAUCUUGGCCUCGUUUACCAACGGAUCCUUACCCAACAUAUGGUCGUCCACCUCCAAGCAGAUCAAUGAACGCAUCAACCAUGCCAUCGAGCUUCGGAGCAGUGAGCGCAUGCACCAGGAGCACAUCACCCCCCUGUCUUUGGUCUUCAAAGACACUCACAUCGAGGAGAAGUUUUCCCAGAUGAGGGAUGAAAUGUUCAACUCCAACCUGGUCUGUUCCUUCAUCAUGCUCCUCUUCGUCAUGGCUGCCCAGGCACUCAUCUCCGCUCCCAGGUUGUUCCCAGCCGUCCUCCAGUUUUCCCUGUUCCUGCUCACGUACACGCUGCUGCUGCUGGUGGCCUUGGCUGAGGAAUUCCGCUGGUGCCCGGCUCAGCUGCAGCAAUUCUGCUGCUGGAUCCAUGAAAACAACAGCGCUCGCAACAUGCUCACACUUGUGGCUAUCGUCAUCAACUUUGGCUUAGCCGCCAUGGACAUGGUGUGGUGCAUCGUGACGGACAGAGAAGAGUGGAAUGUGUCGGACAGAGACAACAUUUCUCCACGCUCACUCACUUUGUGCACAUUCCCAGAGGUAAUAAUCAUCAACACACUUGUGAGCAUUAAAAGUGUUGCAACUCCAAAAUCUGCCGUGGCUUUACCUAUGCAGGUGUUUGUGUUGAGCGGCGUGAUCGCCAUGGUGACGUGCGCCGUGUUCCUGCGUCUCAAUUCCCUGCUGAAGCUGGCCGUGUUGCUGCUGGCGGUGGCCGUCUACUCCUACCUCAUCCACCUGGCCUUCCUCGCCUUCGCACGCCAUGACACGCUGCACAGGUCUCACUACGUCAGGAGGAAAUGGAUCGCCAUUCUUCUCCUGGUCAUGUUUAUCGUGGCUGUCUUCUACAAUGGACGCCAGUGGGAAGCCACCGCCAGGCUGGACUUCCUGUGGCGUCUGCAGGCUCAGCAGGAAGUUGAGGACAUGCGGGAGCUUCGGGAGCACAACGAAUGUCUUCUGCACAAUAUCCUGCCCGUCCACGUGGCCCGACACUUCUUGGAGCGCAGCAAGAACGAUGAGGAACUCUACUCCCAGUCAUAUGAUGAAGUGGGAGUCAUGUUUGCUUCCGUUGCUGGCUUUAAUGAGUACUUUGAGCAAAAAGAGGUCCGGCAUGAAGGUGUGGACUGCCUACGACUGCUCAAUGAGAUCAUCGCUGGCUUUGAUGAGCUGCUGGAGGAGUCGUACUUCCACUAUGUGGAGAAGAUCAAGACCAUCGGGAGCUGCUACAUGGCCGCCUCUGGUCUGGCCCCGGACAGACAGGUGUCCAUGGACGAGUGGAAUCACUUGAGCGAGCUGGUCCUGUUUGCCCUGGCCAUGCAGGAGACCUUGAAGGAGAUUAACAGGCACUCGGCCAAAGACUUUCAGCUCCGUGUCGGCAUCGCACACGGGCCAGUGGUGGCAGGUGUCAUCGGCGCCAGCAAGCCCCAAUACGACAUCUGGGGCUCGACGGUGAACUUGGCAAGUCGCAUGGACAGCACAGGGGUGAGCGGACGCAUCCAGGUGCCCGAGGUCACCAGGAGGAUCCUGGCGGAGUGGGGCUUCGUCUUGGAGCUACGUGGCGAAAUCUUCGUCAAGGGGGUAAGCGAGUGUCGGGGCAAGGUGCGCACCUACUUCAUCAGCACCGUGCGCAGCAAGCUGGCCAACACAUCCCCAGACGGCCGUGUCGGCAGCAGGACCGGGGGACGCAUGACCCUGGCGGGGAUAGUGUUCAAUCUAGUCCAGGCCAGACACAAGGAGAAGCUGAGGGAGACCAACGGGGGGUUCACGAUGGCACCCUGCACCUUCAAGUGCUGAUGAGCGGCCGGUCGGGAGGCGGAAUUUGUGGUUGCCUUCAUUCGACUUGUGCAUAGACAUCACUAAAUUCACCACCCUGAAACUGGUGGUUUACCAUAAACGUACAAACCCCAAAACCGGUCAAGUUGUCACGUUGUGUAAAUGGUAAGUAAAAACAGAAUACUAUGAUUUGCAAAUCCUUUUCAACCUAUAUCCAAAAGACUUUUGCGCCUAAAACAAUCCAGAUGUGUCAAAGAUUGUUUUUGACGAACCCCAAGAUUCAGAGAUGGAGGCAGGCAUGGAGUGGGAAAACAUGAUUUAAUUUAAAACACCAAAACAAAAACAAACAAAGGGUACAAACAAAAGGCGUGCACGUGGGUGGAUAACAAACAAAAUGGCCUAGCAUGGAAGCUAACAUGUAUCUCGCAGGAAAACAGAAGUCGUACUUGUAAUAAGAAAACAAACUUGGAAGCAGGGAACAAAAGACAAUAAGCUACAAACCACUAUCGAAAAUAGCUUACCGCAACGCUGCAUAGACAAGAUAUGAUACGAUUUGACAGGUAGCAACGACAAUAAUCCAGCACUGACCGGAGGUGUCGUGGAAAUUUCUUAAAGACGAUCCUUUAGUGACAAAUAGCUUUAAAAUGAUUUAUUAAAGUAACAAACAAAUAAUAACAAGCUUUGCAAAGCGAGACCAAACCAGAACGACACAUCCGUUCAUUCCAGCUUGUUCUGCCUCCCUUUGAAUAUGUCAUGACAAUCAUACAUUCUCAGAAGUCCCACCCUCCAUACUCAUUAACAUACAGGUCCUGUGAAGAGGAGGGGGUGUCGUCUGCCCCAGAAGGGUGGGGGUCACUCAGGAAAGGGGCAACAGUUUAGCCCAGAUUGGGGUCAGGAAGAGAUAACACAUAUGCCCGGUCAACUAGAGUCCACAUGUCACAUCAAAGACACAGGAGACAGAGCUUGAUCAGAUUAGAUGUCUCUUGCAAGACUCCACAUUCCUGAGUCUAAUAAACUACUUUUGGCAACCCGUUCAAAGAACAUCAUCCAUUUAAACGAGUAUAAGUAAUUUUGCAAUCACAGAGGAACAAAGCAGGUAAAAUAGGAGUCGGCUGAUUGACACCAGGUGUGUCCAGGUGCCAAUCAGCCGCAGCUGAGGUGGAACAGCGCUCAGGGAGAAAGACAGGAAACUAACAAAAUAAGAGCGCUGACAGGAACUAAAGACGGGAAAUACUAAACACACAGGAAAAACUAAAACAAACAAACUGUCAGUGGCAAGCCUGACAAGACGGUUCUUUUCCUCUUUGGUCCGGAGGACACGACAUCCACAGUUUCCAAAAACAAUUUAAAAUGAGGACUCGUCAGACCACAGAACCCUUUUCCACUUUGCAUCAGUCCAUCUUAGAUGAGCUCGGGCCGCGUUUCUGGGUGUUGUUGAUAAAUAGCUUCCGCUUUUCACAGUAGAGUUUUAACUCGCUCUUAUAGACGUAGCGACCAACUGUAUUUACUGACAGUGGUUUUCUGAAGUGUUCCUGAGCCCAUAUGGUGAUAUCCUUUACACACUGAUGUCGCUUUUUGCUGCAGGGCUCGAAGGUCAUGGGGCUUGCCGCUUACAUGCAGUGAUUUCUCCAAAUUCUCUGAACCUUUUGAUAAUAUUAUAGAACGUAGAUGGUCCUCCCAUCCAUCCAUCUUCUUCCGCUUAGCCGAAGUUGGGUCACGGGGGCAGCAGCCUAAGCAGGGAAGCCCAGACUUCCCUCUCCCCAGCCACUUCGUCCAGCUCCUCCCGGGGGAUCCCGAGGCGUUCCCAGGCCAGCCGGGAGACAUAGUCUUCCCAACGUGUCCUGGGUCUUCCCCAUGGCCUCCUACCGGUCAGACGUGGCCUAAACACCUCCCGAGGGAGGCGUUCGGAUGGCAUCCUGACCAGAUGCCCGAACCACCUCAUCUGGCUCCUCUCCAUGUGGAGGAGCAGAGGCUUUAGUUUGAGUUCCUCCCGGAUGGCAGAGCUUCUCAACCUAUCUCUAAGGGAGAGCCCCACCAUUUGGGCCGCUUGUACCCGUGAUCUUGUCCUUUCGGUCAUAACCCAAAGCUCAUGACCAUAGGUGAGGAUGGGAAUGUAGAUUGAGCGGUAAAUUGAGAGCUUUGCCUUCCGGCUCAGCUCCUUCUUCACCACAACGGAUCGAUACAGCGUCCACAUUACUGAAGACGCCGCACCGAUCCUCCUGUUAUCCUCACGAUCCACUCUUCCCUCACUCGUGAACAAGACUCCGAGGUACUUGAACUCCUCCACUUGGGGCAGGGUCUCCUCCCCAACUUGGAGAUGGCCUUCAACCCUUUCCCGGGCGAGAACCAUUGACUCAGACUUGGAGAUGCUGAACUGAACUGCGAACUGAUCCAGUGAGAGCUGAAGAUCCCGGCCAGAUGAAGCCAUCAGGACCACAUCCUCUGCAAAAAGCAGAGACCUAAUCCUGCAGCCACCAAACCGGAUCCCCUCAACGCCUUGACUGCACCUAGAAAGUCUGUCCAUAAGAGUUAUAAACAGAAUCGGUGACAAAGGGUAGCCUUGGCGGAGUCCAACCCUCACUGGAAACGGGAUGGAACCCUAAAUUCCUUGCAACAGAUCAUUGAGAAAUGUUCUUAAACUGUUGGACAAUUUGCUCACUCAUUUGUUCACAAAGUGGUGACCCUCGCCCCGUCCCCGUUUGUGGACGACUGAGCAUUUCAUGGAAGUUUCUUUUAUACCCAAUCAUGACACCCACCUCUUCCCAAUUAGCCUGUUCACCUAUGGGAUGUUCCAAAUAAGUGUUUGAUGAGCAUUGCUCAACUUUAUCAGUAUGUAUUGCCACCUUUCCCAACUUCUAUGGGAUGUUCCAAAUAAGUGUUUGAUGAGCAUCCCUCAACUUUCUCAGUCAUUUUUGCCACUUGUGCCAGCUUUUUUGAAACAUGUUGCAGGCAUCAAAUUCCAAAUGAGCUAAUAUUUGCAAAAAAUAACAAAGUUUUCCAGUUUGAACGUUAGCUAUCUUGUCUUUGCAGUCCAUUUAAUUGAUUAUACGUUGAAAAGGAUUUGCAAAUCAUUGUAUUCUAUUUUUAUUUACCAUUUACACAACGUGACAACUUCACUGGUUUUUGGGUUUCGUACACUUUGAAGGGAUGUUACGUAAUAUUGAAAUAAUUUGAACGUUUUUGAAUACCACAAAUAAAUUCAAAGGCCAAUAAUCCUGCUGCAGGAUCUCCGAUAAGCCAAAAAAAACACACUUUACCUCAAAGCAAGCUAUCACCUCUCGUAGAUUUCCAAUGGCCUGAGUGUUUUUUUUGUUUUUGUUUUGUUUUUUUAAUGUUUUAUUCUCUAUUUCUAUAUCAGCUUUUACCAUGAAUUGAUUAACGUUGAGAAACUUAUUGGGGUUUUACUAUUUAGUGGUCAAUUGUACGGAAUAUGUACUGAACUGUGCAAUCUACUAAUAAAAGUUUC